CCGCGCUCGGAGCAGCUGCUCGGGAGAUGAUCGGCGACUCGUCAGGCGAGCACCCGAAGUAAAGGAACCAGCCACCCGGAAAGUCGGCGAGAGCUGUGUGUGUCUUCGAAUCGCUUCUGGAAGCGCCCGCGUUUUAAAAAAGGCGGAGUCUGGUGAGGGCGGAAGCGGAGACUUUGUGGUGCAGGCGGCGCCGGAAGAUUCUCUGGUACCCACGUGGAAGCUGCGCUCAGGAUGCUGCGCCGCGAGGCCCGCCUUCGCCGCGAGUACCUGUACCGCAAGGCGCGUGAGGAGGCUCGGCGAACAGCCCAGGAGAGGAAGGACAAGGUCCGGCGCGCGCUGGAAGAGAACCGCCUGAUUCCCACCGAGUUACGCAGGGAGGCUCUGGCGAUACAGGGAUCCCUGGAGUUUGACGAUGCUGGCGGUGAAGGUGUGACCAACCACAUGGAUGAUGAGUAUCGAUGGGCAGGGGUUGAGGAUCCCAAGGUCAUGAUCACCACCUCCCGAGAUCCCAGUUCUCGCCUCAAGAUGUUUGCAAAGGAGCUGAAGUUGGUGUUCCCUGGUGCCCAGCGCAUGAACCGUGGCCGGCAUGAGGUAGGGGCGCUGGUGCGAGCCUGCAAAGCCAACGGGGUUACUGAUCUGCUGGUUGUCCACGAACAUCGAGGCACACCUGUGGGGCUUAUCGUCAGCCACCUGCCCUUUGGCCCAACUGCGUACUUCACACUGUGCAACGUGGUCAUGCGGCACGACAUCCCCGACCUGGGCACUGUGUCGGAGGCCAAGCCUCACCUCAUCAUGCAUGGCUUCUCCUCCCGCCUGGGUAAGCGGGUCUCCGACAUACUCCGCUACCUGUUUCCUGUACCCAAAGAUGACAGCCACCGGGUCAUCACCUUCGCCAACCAGGAGGACUACAUCUCCUUCCGGCACCAUGUGUACAAGAAGACCGACCACCGCAACAUAGAGCUGACCGAGGUCGGGCCUCGCUUUGAGCUGAAGUUGUACAUGAUCCGCCUGGGCACACUGGAACAGGAGGCCACAGCAGACGUGGAGUGGCGUUGGCACCCCUACACUAACACCGCACACAAGAGGGUCUUCCUGAGUGCUGAGUGAGCCCACUCACCAGGCAUGGUUUGGACCUGGACCCAGGUGCUGGGGAGAGGUCAGAAUAAAGUCUGUUUGCCACAGCA